UUCAUGUGGGUUUUUGUGGGUCUGCUUGGGUUUCUGUAAUGGGUGGUUGGCCAUGUGUGUUUGGGUUGGUGGGUAAGGAAGAAGAAAGCUUUUUGUCUCAUGUGGGUCGGUGGUUUCGGUUGAUUUCGCUGGUCAAGCUUGUGAAAGUUUUGACGGUCUUGUUUUGUGAAAUUGGGUUUGUUUUUACUUUGUUGAUGCUCCGUCGGUGGUGGUUGAUUGGUGGGUUGACUUAUAUUAGAAGGGAGAGAGAUUGGGAAUCUCUUGAGAAGAUGAGUCCAGGAAAACCAGAACCAGCCAUGGUUAGUCUACGGAGACGCAAACUCUUGGGACUUUGCUCUGGAAGAAGUUCUUUUUUGGUUCAGCUUCCUAAAUUCAGUGACAAUGGAAAUGCCUCUGAGAAUCCAAUUCAAAACACCAAACCAGGCAGUGUGGUUCCUAUGCCUUCAGAUGAUACUAGCCAGGCAAAAGAGGUAAAUAUAUCAAAAAGUUCUCCUGGAUCAUCAAAUAUAUCUGGUGCUAGCUCAAUAAAGGAGGACCAGUAUCAACAACCAUCAGGUCAAGGAGUCAAACGCAGAAAGCGACAUCGGAGAAAACAUUUUGAAGACCAGGAACCUUGUGUAAUGAGAGGUGUCUAUUUUAAGAAUAUGAAAUGGCAAGCAGCAAUAAAAGUUGACAAGAAGCAAAUCCACUUGGGUACUGUUGGAUCACAAGAAGAAGCUGCUCGUUUGUAUGACAGGGCAGCUUUUAUGUGUGGGAGAGAGCCAAACUUCGAGCUUUCUGAGGAGGAGAAGCAAGAGCUAAGGCGAUUCAAGUGGGAGGAGUUCUUGACAAUGACCCGCAGUGCAAUUACAAACAAAAAACACCAGAGAAGGCUUGGAGCAGGGUCGCGAAAGAAAUCUGAGACUCCAGCGCAGAGUGGUGAUUGGGAGGGUGAGCAAGGGGUCGGUGGGCAUUCAGCUUCUGAAGAUGUAGGACCAGAGACAUCAAAUUCUUGAUUACUAUGAUAUUGAAAACUAGGCAGAGAUAACCCAUCUUUAGCAAUCGGGUCUAGUGUUUAGCCUCCUUAUUUUUUGUAUAUAAAGGCCCCUAUUAGGGCAAACUGUGGUAGACCUUCAUUUGUCAAUUGGCUAGCAGAUGCAGAUCCUAAUUGCCUUUUAAUAUAAUAAAAGUCUCCAAUCGUAAUCAUCAUCAUGAUUGCUUCUUGUAGAGUUGAACUCGUAUAACCAUCUUCAAAUCAAUAUAGAUAUAGAAAGCCUUAUUACA